CAUUUGAAGAAAAAAUACUAUUAGCGGUAUGAAGGGAGACAUAUAUUCUCAUAUGUCCUUCCAAGAAGUUGAUAAAGGAUGCAUAUAAUAUUCUUGUUAUAAUUCUAUUGAUGCAAAUAAUAUUCCAUGGUACUAAUGCUAAAACCAAAUGCAGAUGUGCCUGAGGGAGCCAUAAUUGUAAGAGAACGUACAGUACUGAAUAACUUGUUUAACUGCUUGUGGUUCAAUAAGGUCAAUCUCUGCACACCAAGAGACCAGCUGAGCUUUGGCAAUCUUGAUCAUCUUUUGAACUUGAAAUGAUCAUUGAAUGAUUUCUUGUAUGGAUCCAUCCCUCCUUCAUCCAACACGAAUACCCUUGUAAACUUUUGUAUAAUAUACCUGUUUGACAUAAAAGCACCACCUUUUUCUUCCUUCUUACAAGCCCUGGUCACCUAUGUCUUAACGAGCAACCGCCUCCAACGCCAAACUAUCCUGCACCAGAUUAUCUCGUUCUCUCAUGUUUGGUUAAGUGACUGUCCUUGAAACAGAGACAUGUUACACGUGUACGUGGUUCUUGCUCUCUUAGCCACAAAUUUUAGGUUUUUUUUUUUUUUUUUUGCCUUUAGCUACUGUAUCUGUAUAUAAUUAACAAAGAAACAAUUAGUCAGAUAAUCAAACGGUCCCCACUCCUCAAGCACAAGCUUUCAUGUCUGAUUAAAUUCACUUUACUUGUCCAAAACAUAUAGAAUAAAGAAAAAUAUCUAAGCUUUGCCGAUUUUUUUGUGCCAAAAUGGCUGCAGCCACACUUACCGUCCGGCCUAACCGUCUCACUCCCAGCUCCCCUAUUCCCAGACCGCCGGUCCACCUUCCUAACCAACCCCACCCUUCUUUAAAACCCGCAAAAACCGAGCUGUGGAGGCCCGCUAUUGUCGUCCACUCCCGGCGAACAUUAGCCGCUCGAGCAGGUUCGCGAGCUGAUGACUCCGCUUCGUUCGAGAUGUCUGUUGAGAACGCACUUAAGCUCCUCGGAGUCUCCGAAAGUGCUUCUUUUGAUGAUAUUAUUCGCGCCAAGAAUUCGAUUGUUGCUAAUAUUAAGGAUGACCAGGAAGCUAUAGCCCAGGUUGAGGCUGCAUAUGACAUGUUGCUUAUGCGGAGCUUAACUCAACGCCAAGCAGGAAAAGUUGUUGACAGAAGCAUUCGAUAUGCAGAUGUUAAACCUGUUACUCCUCCUGGGGUGGGAUCAAUGCCUCAGUGGGUGCAGACAACUGUGAAAAAUUUACCUGUUUUGGUUGAAACACCAUCUACCGGCGAAUUGGGCAUACAAGCUGGUGUAUAUGGAGCUCUUAUGGUUCUGACUUACGUGAAUGGAGCUUCUACAUCCUCUGGGAUUCCUUAUAAUGGACCUGAUGUUCCUGGGCUUAUCUUAGCAAGUAGCUUUGGAGCUUCCUUGUAUUUCAUGACCAGAAAGAAUGUGAAGUUAGGUAAGGCUACAAUAAUAACUAUAGGGGGGCUUGUUGCUGGUGCUGUGGUGGGAUCAGCUGUUGAAAGCUUGUUGCAGGUAGACAUAGUCCCAUUUCUUGGAAUACACUCGCCGGCUACACGUUGUUAGUGAAUUUAUACUCUUCUUGCAGCUCUUGGUCUCUCUGUAUCUAAGGUAGGAAGAAGAGGAUGUUUUGUAAUUUGAAUUGUAAAACCUGUAAUUAUUCAUUUGCAUGAUCAUAACCAAGCUUUUUCAGGAUGUGUAUCAUCGCAUUCUGUACAAAACUACAAAUAGAAGGUAGUGAAACUUCAAUCCCUCUGAAAAUCUGAUAAAAAAUUUUGUUCUAACAUUGAAGUUUCUUUUGUUUGAUGUAGUGUCCCUAUUACUUUCAUGCAUUCCACUAAAAAUAUUGUUGGUUUUCUAUCACUAGCUGUUAGCUAAUGCAUCGAAACAAUGAGCCCUCUUCCUUACUGCAUCAAUGGAUUGUGGAAUUAUGGUAUAUGUGGGAGAGUGAAAUGAACCCCGAAAUAGAAUUUUCACUGAUAAAAAGUGGAUAGUGAAAUGGUGAAGACAAUUCUUGUACUCGUUUGUCUGGACUGCCUGAAAGGAAACCUGUUCAUGUGUUGGAGCUUUACUGCCUUUAGCAAUCUCAAACAAUACUUCUCCAGUGGCAGUGUCCAUAGAGUAGCAAACAGUACCGUAUCUCAUCUGAUAAUUAGUGUAUUU